CGGCCAUUCCCCACCACGAAUCCGAGGCUUCCACCAGGAGCCAGCACCAUCGGCCGAUAGAAUUUGGCACCAACAAAACCAUCGUCGCCCACGCGGCCCCGCCCGCACCAGCCCACAGAGAGUGCUGAGCUUGGCGAGACCCGCACGCCACUGACACUCUGCCACCACUGCCCUGCCUUGGCCCUUGAGUGAGCAUCCAUCUCGACCGGCCGAUCGGCAUGUCGACGGCGGCGUCGCAGCCGCACGGGAGCGGAGGCGGAGGGUGCUGCAGCUCCGGCGGGACGCUGGAGCUCGUGGCGGCGUUCACGGCGGUGUGCCUGGCGCUGUACGGGGUGAUCCUGUACCUCAACUACCUGUACGUGCGGUGGAGCGGCGGGCGGGACGGCGUGCACCGGACGACGGGGUCCGGCGCUGCGGCGGGGAAGAGGGGCGGCGGAGGAGGGCUCGACAAGGCGGCGCUGGCGGCCAUGGCGCCGGUGUUCAGGUUCAAGGCGGAGGAGGCGUCGGCGGGGCAGCAGGAGUGCCCGGUGUGCCUGGGCGCCAUGCAGGACGGCGACGCCGUGCGCGCGCUGCCGGGGUGCAGGCACGCGUUCCACGUCGGGUGCGUCGACGUCUGGCUCUGCACGCACGCCACCUGCCCCGUCUGCCGCGCGCGCCCUGCGCUCCCGACUCCGGUGCCGGCGCCGGCCAAGGCAACGGGUCAGCCCGCCGGACGGGACCCAGACGUGGAGAGCCAGGUAUAGCAUGCGUACGCCGGCCGGUAGCUGUCGCAGUCAGCAUCAGGCCUGAAAUAGUGUUCCCAGACCAGCCUAGCUGCUGCUUGCAAGUUGCAACUGUCUGUCUGCUGGGUUAGCCUGCCAUUCAGUUUCGUGCUCGAUUUUGAAGAAUGUUUCUGUGCCAUGGCUUGUAAACUGCAAUCCUUCUUUGUACUCCUGAACAUCGCCUUGUGCAUUGGUGAUCACCAGAUCACUCUGUAAUUAAGCUUGUGUCUAAUGCACCACAGUGUGAUUUUGGGCC